AUGUUGUCAGGUCGGAGGCUGAGCCUGCAGGCCCAGCUAGCCGAGUGCAGAGCUCAGGUCGAACACUGGCAGGGCGUGGCGACGAUCUGUGAGCUGAGCAAACAGGAGGAACUGGCAGAGCUGCAGAAACAAUGUGAUCAAGAGAUCCAGUCUCUGCAGGAGGCUCUCAGAGAGACCGCAGAGCAGUAUGAGGCGAGGAUAUCGGUCCUUCAGUCUCAGCCGGUGGAGUGGAGGAGAGCCAGUGGACAGAACAUGAUCAGUGGGAGGAAAGGCUAUAAUGAAUCCCCGACAUCGAUCACUAACAGCCUGGCAGAGGCCGAGGCCACAGCGUCGACGGACAGGAGGCACAACCAGCCAGCAGAGCUCGAGGCGGCGGCAGAGGGAGAAGGGACGCCGCCCACAACAGAAGCGUAUUUUUCACUACGGCACUGCGACUCGGCCUCGCUGUCCUCCUUCUCCUUAGACACGCCCUCUCUGCCCAGAAAACUGCACGCUCAGGAAGACACCGACUCUCUGGUCUCCACAGGAACUCUGGUGCCUGAAGCCAUCUACCUGCCGCCGGCCGGGCACCGGCUGGUCACGCACGGCGACUGGGAUGCACUCAGCGCUCAGGUGUCAGAGCUGCGAGGGGAAGUGAGUCGGCUGCAGGCUGAGAAAGAGGAGCUGGAGAAAGAACUGGACACACAGACCAACCACACACACAAACAGGUGUCGCUGCUCCAGUGUCAGGUCCACACUUCAGAGGCCCUCCUCCAGGAUUUGCAGAAAUCUUUUAGCCAAUCACAGAAUGCAGUCCAGAGUCGGCUGGCAGAGUUAUCCUUCUCCCAGAGGAAAGUGUGCAGUGAGCUGUCCCGGCUGAAAGGAGAGGAGGUCGAGGAUGAGCCAGACUCAUCGUUUCCAGCAACACUGCAGGGGGCGCACUGUGAGGAGCGUCUUCGCAUUGAGAUUGUCAACCUGAGGGAGCAGCUGGACACACGGACAGAGGAGAACGAAGUUUUAGAAGUGCAGCUGUCCAGUCUGAAGACGGAGACGGAGAGGAUCCAGGCUCGGAAGGAGCAGCUGCAGGCUGAACUGCAGGUCUGCCGCACUGAACUGGAAGCCCUGCGGGUGGCACUGUCUCAUGUGCAGAGCACCAACAAGGCCCUCGGUAAUGAUAAAGCGGCUCUGCAUCAACAGUGUCUGGAGCUGCGUAGUCAAGUGAUCAGUAUGCGCUCCCAAGUCGACACCAGCCAGACUGUGCAGAGGGACUUUGUGCAGCUCUCCCAGUCGCUGCAGAUGAAGCUGGAGGUGAUUCGGCAGGCGGAGAGUAUUGAACAAGUCAAGGAGAUCCUGGAGGAGGGAGUCAGUGAAGCUGGUUCCUCGCCUGCAGACGCCUCGUGAGUAAUGGAGAGACUCACUGGAACCAAAGAACACAGACCAAGAGACAACAUCUCAAAAGUGACCGACGAGGACCAACAAGCCAUCACCGCGUGAAACACUGUCGUGAAACACUGGGAUUAUUCAGAUGGUGCUGCUAACACGUCAUAACAUUUGAUGGAUAUUCCUAAAGAGACAUUAUUUUUGUGUUUUGUUUCAGAGGUGAUGGUUCGGUUCCAAUGACCGAAACUGCGACCAAAGCGAUUUUUUUAUUUAAAACCAGGAAUGGUUUGGGGACACAAGUUCACAUUCCCUUUAUCUUACAUCCAGUAACAUGUUUAUUCCUCUACUAAUACAUAUGUACAUUUAUUUUGUUGUUUAAACUGACAUGACUCCAGCAAAGCACUCAACAGUCCUAACACUUGAUUUUGCACUCUUAUCAGUUAUUGAUAUGCAAACUACACAAUCAUUUUUGCAAACAUUUAUUUGCAUGUUCUCUGAGAAGGCGGACCUCUAAAAGCAACGGAUCACUGCAAUAACGAAAAAUAGUGAUACUUAGUAGAAACUCACCUAAAUUAACUACAUUUCAGGUGUGAUUUUUAAAUAUAAACAAUAAUUUGUCUUUUUAUUUUAGCAUUGUUAGCUGCUCCUUUUUAGCACAGCCAGAGUUGCUUUUUAGUCUUCAAGCUAAUUUAUGAUUGUGGAUUAGGACAGAAGCUAAGUACCAAUAUCUAUGAAGAAAUGUGAAUGUGUAACAUCUUGUCAAUUUGUUCUGUGUUAAUACAUAUUGAAAAAGUAA